GGGCGGAUUUGUUGGCCUAUGUUAGAGCUGGCUUGAUUGAAAAAGAAAAGUGAAACCCAGAAAGGGCGGAAAAGCCGUCUUCCUUUUUCUAAAGUUGCUUCAAAGCUGAGUGUAAGGUCCUAGACCCGGUUCACUCAACCCUCCUCUGACACACAGAGCAGAGCUGAAGCUUCUGAGCCCAGCGGGGUGCCCAGGGUGAGCCCAGGGUGAGCAGACUCCAUGGAGAAGUUCAAGGCAGUGCUGGACCUGCAGAGCAAGCACCGCAGCGCCCUGGGCUACGGCUUGGUGACCCUGCUGACGGCGGGUGGGGAGAAGAUCUUCUCCGAGGUGGUGUUCCAGUGUCCCUGCAGCGCUACCUGGAACCUGCCCUACGGCCUGGUGUUCCUGCUGGUGCCCGCGCUCGCGCUCUUCGUCCUGGGCUACGCGCUGAGCGCUCGCACCUGGCGCCUGCUCACCGGUUGCUGCUCAGGGAGCCGGAGCACGAGUUCCAGCUCCUGGUCGCACAGCGCGUUCGUGUGCGCGCGACUCACCGCGGCCGCCACAGUCCCGGCCGUCACCUGGGUGGCGGUGGCGCUGCUCGGGGGCUCCUUCUACCAGUGUGCUGUCACGGGGAGCAUGUCCAUGGCCAAGCGCCUGUGCAAGGGCCGAAACGACAGCUGCGUCGACAAGCUACCGCAGGUUCCCUGCAACAAGCAGGAGGCGGAGAUGCAGGACAUCCUGAGUCAGCUCAAGGCUCAGUCUCAGGUGCUGGGCUGGGUCCUGAUAGCAGUCGUCAUCAUUUUACUUCUGGCUGUUAAGUCUGUCACUCGAUGCUUCUCCCCGGUUAGUUAUCUACAGCUACAAUUCUGGGAAAUAUAUACAGAAAAGGAGGGGCAGAUCCUUCAAAAAGAAGCUUCGGAGAAUGCGACCCAGUUGGCACGAGAGAACGUUAGGUGUUUCUUUGAGUGCAGUGAUCCGCAGGAAUGCAAAACCCCAAGCAGUAAAGCGUGGCAGCACAUCUCGGCACUGUACACUUUCAAUUCCAAGAACCAGUUCUACAGCAUGCUGCACAAGUACGUUAAUAGAAAGGGGGCAGCUGGGGGUCUCAGUUCUAUGGAAGGAGAUGCAGCGGUCUCUGCCCUUGGCUUUGUAGAUGACUCUGGGAUGGUCAACACGAAUACUAGCAUAUGAUCUUACACAUGAACAGGGAGAAAAAUCGU